AUAAAAAGAGAUCAUUAGUUAAGCACUUAAGCAACUUUGUCACAACAAAUACAUUCACAAGCAAAGCAAUUCAUAAACACAAACUAGCUUUUAUUCAAAACUGUUAUCUCAUACAUUCAGUGCUCUAAAUGGCGUUUAUCCCCUUUCUUAUGCUCUUACUCCUUGCUUCUUCUUAUGGAACAUCGGCUCGUGAGAUUUAUAUUAAGCCAUCUCACUCUGGACCAUCUCCUGGCACACCACUGAGUCUUUCACAUUUUACACCAAGAGCCAAUGUCGCCGGAAACGAGCCAAGGCCACCGAUUGUAACUAGAAGCGAGCCAAUGCCACCAUACGUUGCUAGAAACGAGCCAACACUCCCGAUUGUAGCUCGAAGCGAGCCAAUGCCAUCAUACGUUGCAGGAGAGCCAAAGCCACCGAUUGUAGCUAGAAGCGAGCCAAUGCCACCAUACGUUGCCGGAGAGCCAAAGCCACCGAUUGUAGCUAGAAGCGAGCCAAUGCCACCUAACUUUGCCAAUAGAGAGCCAAAGCCACCAAGUUUUUCAGUUGUUACACAAAAGGUUUAUUAGAUGAUGCAUAGUUAACUACUUAACUAAUGGUCUCAAGAAAAAAAGCAUGUGUAUAUGCUUGUCCUCUUAGUCGUUUCCCUGAUCAAUAAAACAAAUUUAAAAUUCUAAAUUAUAGGUCUAUUUAACCAAAACUUAUCAAUGCUCACUACCUUAAAAUUUUUAA